GUUGAGAAAGGGACGGGGGAGGGGCACCACUUCCGCUUUGCCAUCACUAUGUCGGAGACCAGCGAGAAGCCGGAGACGCUGCCGGUUGCUGCGGCUCCCGGCUGUUCUCCCGAGGAAGGGGGCCGAGGGGAAGGUGGGGAGGAAGAAACCUCUGAAAAUGGAGGAGGAGGCGUCGCAGUGGGAGCGCUCGACGCGACUCCCCCCUCGGCUCUUUCCCCGGUGGCCGAAGAACCUACGGGAGACACGAAGAAGAAAAUUGAUGUGUUGCUCAAAGCUGUUGGAGAUACUCCUAUAAUGAAGACCAAGAAAUGGACUGUAGAAAGAACUCGAACAAUACAAAGCCUAAUUGACUUCAUCAAAAAAUUUCUCAAACUUUUGGCAUCUGAACAGCUGUUUAUUUACGUGAAUCAGUCCUUUGCUCCUUCACCAGAUCAGGAGGUUGGAACAUUAUAUGAGUGUUUUGGAAGCGAUGGCAAACUUAUAUUGCAUUAUUGUAAAACCCAGGCCUGGGGAUGAAUUAAUAGCUACAGUUGCUUAAGACUAUUAGAUAGUGGAUUGUCUAAAAUAAUCUUCAGAGACAUUCCCCAUGGACAAAUGAAAGAAAUGUCUGCACUACUUCUUUUUCUUCUUCUCUUUUCUCUGUGACAGCAUAGGAGAAAAGUACAGAAACACAUACUGAGGAAUGUUUAUAGUACAAUUUCUUUGAUGAUUUUCUUGCAGAAAUUAAUCUGCCAUCUUUACAGCUGAAUUUAGCAUUUAUUGUUCCAAGAUUUGGCAUGUCUGUUCCUGGGAAACAGGUUCAUGCCUGACAUGGAGAGUACAUUUCAGCAAGCUGCGUGGAGUUUACAGUCUCGCUCUUUGAAGGCGCUUUAUUGUAUAUGGAAAGCUUAAAAGCAUCUACAUCUGAGAUAAAUGGACACAUUUUCUAUUUGGUCUUGUCUGUGAUUCUUUAUUUUAAAUGCAAUUUAUCACACUCUCUAAAUCAAACAUGCAGUAAAUGUUCUCACCAUGUAUAUCUCAAUAGGUGCUGAUGAGCAAAACUCUGGUCUGCACACCUUCUAUUAUCAUAAACUUCAUUUCAACUUACUUUUUUUUCUUUUUUGGUUUUAAACAGAACUUUGCCAAACAUUACUUCUCCAUGCACACAGAAAACAAAUUUCCCUGUAAUUUUUGCAUUCUUUUUUGAAGUCUAUAAGUGAAAAAUAAUCACAUUCUUCUAAUUAAGCUCAGAUACAAUCUUCAUACAUUAAAUUUGAGAACCACUUCAAAAGCAAACCACAUUCAGCAUUCUUUCUCAUCCAUGGUAUAAAUAUUUUUCUAUUGUGUGGCCUUUACUUCUUUCCAUUUAUAUGUUAAUCCAAAUGUUAUGUGCAAAGCCACCUUCCUCAUUGAAGUCAUAUCAACCUUUAUAUUUCAUGUUUAUAUCUUUCAACAGGUUCCUUCAAGUUAUUGAAUCUUGUUACAUUAUUUAAAGAAAUAACUAUCAAAUAAUGAUCUUUAAGAGUGAUCAUUGAUCAGAUUAUUUUCUCUAUUUUAAUGUGAAAAAAAAACUAUUUUAAUAUUUAAUCAUAAUCUUAUUCAGUCAAAAGUGAAAUUAAGAAAUAUUUUGCUUUUUAGCUAUGGUCUACACUAACUUGUUCCUCUUUUAAACUGUCUAAGCUAUUCUUUAAUCAAAAUUGAUAAAGCACGGUUUACCAAACAAGGAUUGAAUAUGGGGAGAAGGGAACCAUCUUAUAUAAUUUAAAAGCAGGAAAAUUGUUUCAAGCGUAAUUGCUGUGAAGAAGGUCAGUCGUUCUCUUUUUGUUUUAGUAAGGAUUUUUUGUUUUAGUAUUCUUUAAAUCCAAGAUUGCAGAAAUUAUUUAUUUAUGUGUUAAAUUUAUUUGCCACCUGUCUUGCUGUGGCUACUACAGACAGCUUCUGAGAAUUUUCUAUAAUAUGUUGCAGUUAUUUCAUGGUUUUCCUUACUCCCUCUCUCUUAUAUUCUCAUGUAUUUAUUAUAAACAGUUCUUUGCUGCCUCACUGUUUGGAAUCAGUUAUGAGCAGUUCAGAUUCAAAAGCAAAGUAAUACUAAUAUAAAAUCAUAACAACAUGAAUCAGACAGAUCCAUCUCAUCCUCACCUCAAUUUCCAAAUACACAUUAAAGCAUUAUGUUUUUAAAAGUUUCUUGCAUGUGCUAGACAAGGAUAUGGCUCUUUUAUUUGGUGGAGAGUUAUUCCACAGAAAGAGCUUUACUUCUUUAAUUUAGGUUUAACAUGGAUGACCUAAGAUCUUCCAUUUCAAAAGCUCUUAAUAUUUUUCCUUGGCUUUGCAGACUUGCAUGUUAGAAUCGGGCAGUUUCUGACAGGCUAUAAAUUUCUCAAUUACCAAACUGAAUGCUAACCACCUGGAAUAGAAUCAUGACCUCAAUACAGGUCAAAAUGUCAAAAUACGCAACCAUGCAUAAGUCAGCUUUUCUUGAUUGUGUCCACAGAGGAACCUGUACAAAUUGCUUCAUUUAAUGGCUCGUAUGGAAAGAAUGCUAUUAAUAAUAAGGAAAUCAAACAUUAAUAUGUAUGUUUAAUUCAGACAAAAAUCCAAAUAGACGUACUGAUCCAUUGGAAAAUAAAUUCCAAAGAAAUUAAUACUGCUUUUGAAUCACCACAUUUUUUGUUGUUGUUAGUUGCGAAGUCGUGUCCAACCCAUCGUGACCCCAUGGACAAUGUUCCUCCAGGCCUUCCUGUUAUCUACCAUCUUCUAGUGUCCAUUUAAGGUCAUGCUUACUGCUUCGGUGACUCAAUCCAGCCACUUCAUUCCCUGCCAUCACCUUCUUCUUUUGCCCUCAAUCUUUCCCAGCAUUAGGGUCUUCUCCAGGGACUCCUUCCUUCUCAUAAGAUGGCCAAAGUAUUUGAACAUUUUUACAAACUGAAUUUUAAGUUCUUGAAAGACUAACAAUAUUUCUUCUUGCAUCUUUAAUAUUUAGUAUCAAUUUUGUUGAUCUUUUUAGCAUUUCACAUAUAAAACAAUAUGUACUGACAUUAUUGAGUUAAUUUGUGCAACCUUUUUGAAAGCCACAUGUAUGUUUC